AUGAAACUAAAACCAUCCCGCUUCAUCGCCUGCGUAAACACCCAAGACUCCGUGUCGCGCCUACGCACCAAAUUCGGGCAUUUCGCCCGCAGCGCAUACCCCAAUGUCCAAAUCUCCCAAGGGCGGGUACUCGAAGUCGUGGCACAGGCUGAUAUAAUCCUUCUCGGAUGCAAGGCUAGUCAAGCAGCGGAUAUUUUGAGUGAUCCGUCGUUACGAGAGCAUCUUGCCGGGAAGUUAUUGUUGAGUACAUGUGCGGAUCUGUCGGUGCAACAGAUUGAGCAACUCAUAUAUAAUGAUGCCAUUGAAGAGGAAGGCACGGAGUCAGAGAGGUGCUAUAUCGUGCAGGCUCUGCCCAACACGGCGGCAAGUGUGCGGCAAUCAGCGACGUUGAUUAGUGAAACAGUUGCUGGCGCAGAUACGACGCUUCCGCCGGAUUUUCAGAAGUUGACGACGUGGAUAUUCUCCAGUAUUGGGACGGUAACAUACAUGCCGGAGUCGCUGAUGAAUAGUGCUUCAAUGGUAAGCGGGCUGGCUCCCGCUUUUUAUACGGUUGCGCUGGAAGGUAUUGCCAAAGAGGCAAUAGCCAGAGGGCUCAGUGAGCCCGAUGCAAUGCUUUUAGCUGCCCAGGCCCUGAAAGGGACGGCGGAGAUGAUAUUGUCAAGGAAAGAAGAGAAUAAGGGACUGUUUGCGGUUGAUGAGGUUAGAGACCAGGCAAUUGCUUCGUCGACGGGGAGUGGUGCGAGAGGCGUUGUUGUGUUGAGACAGGCUGCUGUCAAGGACAGUUUUACCGAGGCGAUGGGUCAGGGGAUGGAGAAGAGGGAUGCUGAGGGAUACCUGUAUUCGAAUUGGUGA